AUGGCAAGGGUUCCAGUGCUACGCUUGCUAGGCGUGGCCGUGGCCGUGAUGGUGUUGUACUCACUCCUGCUCCUCAUGCGACCCGACAUCUCCGCCUCCGAUAUUGCCGCUGCCACAGUGCCAGCCGAGCAACCUCCACCUCCACCAGUAAAGCUUCCACCAUUGCCGCCCAUCAGGGACCAGGACAAGGAAUUGCAACAGGGAAACGCCCAGAUUGAGUCCCAGGAGCUGCUCCCUAUCGCUUCGCCUGGCAGCGAGCGCGUCAAGGCCACAUUCGUGACGUUGGCACGUAACAAGGAGUUGUAUGCCCUUAUCGAGUCGAUGAGAAGCGUGGAGGACCGUUUCAAUCACAAGUACAACUACGAUUGGGUGUUCUUGAACGACGAGCCGUUCACACAGGAGUUCAAGGACCUCACGUCCGCCAUCGUCUCGGGAAAGACCAAGUACGGACUCAUUCCCAAGGAGCACUGGAGCUAUCCUGAGUGGAUCGACCAGGACAAGGCAGCGGAAACGAGAAAGAAAAUGAAGGCAGACGGCAUUAUCUAUGGUGAUCUAGAGAGCUACCGCCACAUGUGCCGUUUUGAGUCGGGAUUUUUCUGGAGAAACCCGCUUCUUGACGAAUAUGACUGGUACUGGAGGGUGGAGCCCGAGACAAAGGUACACUGUGACUUGGACUACGACGUGUUCAAGUGGAUGAAGGAUAACAACAAGGUGUAUGGUUUCACGAUCUCCAUCCACGAGUUCGACAAGACGAUUCCCACCUUGUGGAAGCACACCAAGGACUUCAUCCGUGCGCACCCCGAGCACCUCGCGCACAACAACUUGAUGGACUUCAUCUCCAACGACGGAGGCGACACCUACAACUUGUGUCACUUCUGGUCCAACUUCGAGGUGGCCAACCUCAACUUCUGGCGCUCUCAGGCUUACCGCGAGUACUUUGAGUACUUGGACCGUGCGGGAGGGUUCUUCUACGAGCGGUGGGGCGACGCACCUGUGCAUUCUAUUGCAGCCGCCUUGUUCUUGCCUAGAGACAAAAUACACUACUUCGAAGACGUUGGCUACAACCAUGGCGUGUACACGCAGUGUCCGUUGAACAACGAGUUCCGCUACAAGCACAAGUGCCACUGCAACCCAGAAAAGGACUUCACUUUUGACGGGUACUCGUGCACGGGGCGGUAUUACGACGUGAUGAAGAUGCCCAAGCCCAAGGAGGCCAAAGAGUAG